AUUAGUCUUUAGAUCUCUCUUGAAGAGAGCUGUUAUAUUUGUGCCUGCUAGAGUUGGAAAUAACAGUUAAGAAGCUGAAAAGGGUUGAAUGGAUUUACAGACGGUUUUUUUUUUCAAGUAAAUUCAUGGCAACACAUUAAUUUGAUUAGUACAUGCUUUAGAAUUACUUUACACUCAAGCGCUUCAAAAGAUGUUAACGUUAUCACCAGGCUGCUGGACAGAUAUGUGUUACACCACCAAGGUACAGAUCAAGACUAAUCUGUGACUCAGGAUUUAUCUUGGGAAGAGCGCAAGGUGUACGAAGAACUCAGAAUAAGAAGGGAAGAUAACUCUGGGAACUACAAUGUGUCAGAAGAACAGCUCUUGCUGAUACAGCUCCCCACCCAAGACCUGGUUAUCUAAGGUUUAUAUAGGAAUGCCUAGGUCAGCUGACAAAAUACUGGUCUUCUGCUCCAUAAAUGCAGAAAAAACGAUAACAACAGUGGAAAAUUGGAAGUCUGAAUUUCAGCUUUCUUAGAAAUAACUGCAACCUGACACAUUCCAUAAUAUUUAAACAGGGUGGGGGGAGAGAAAUCACCAAAGAUGUUACGUUUAGAGAUGACAUUGACAUGAAGAAUAGGUAAAUUUUGUUUUUCAGCCACUGGGAAAGCAGACCUCAUAGGAACUCAGGACAAGUAGGAGAAAAGAUUUUUUUUUUCCUUGUUCUUUUUCUUUUCAAAGAUGAACCUAACUGCACUCAAAGCUUUCGUGGGCUUGCUCUGGAAUUGCUGGGUUCUGGUGGGUCACGCACAGGGAGGUUUAGGAGACAAUCAUGUCCAUUCGAGUUUUAUUUACAGGAGGCUGCGGAACCAUGAAAGAAGGGAGAUUCAGAGAGAGAUUCUCUCUAUCCUGGGUCUACCUCACAGACCCAGACCAUUUUCACCAGGAAAGCAGGCUUCUUCUGCACCCCUCUUCAUGCUGGACCUGUAUAAUGCCAUGACAAAUGAAGAGGAUACUGAGGAGCUGGAGUACUCACUGAAGGGAUCCAUGGCAGGGGAGAGCAGAGGGAUGCGGAAAGGAUACCCUGCCUCUCCAAAUGGAUAUUCGCGGAGAAUACAGUUGUCUCGCAUGACCACCCUGGCCACACAGAAUCCACCCUUAGCCAGCCUGCACGACACCAACUUUCUGAAUGAUGCUGACAUGGUCAUGAGCUUUGUCAAUUUAGUUGAAAGAGACAAGGACUUCUCCCACCAGCGAAGGCACUACAAGGAAUUUCGGUUUGACCUCACUCAAAUCCCACAUGGAGAAGCAGUGACAGCAGCUGAAUUCCGGAUAUACAAAGAUCGAAGCAACAGCCGGUUUGAGAAUGAAACAAUUCAGAUUAGCAUUUAUCAGAUCAUCAAGGAAUAUCCCAACAGGGAUGCAGACUUGUUCCUGUUAGACACAAGAAAGGCUCAAGCUUCUGAUGUGGGCUGGUUUGUGUUUGACAUUACUGUGACCAGCAAUCACUGGGUGAUUAAUCCACAGAACAAUCUGGGCUUGCAGCUCUGCGCUGAAACAGGGGACGGUCGAAGUAUCAAUGUUAAAUCUGCUGGCCUGAUUGGAAGGCACGGGCCUCAGUCAAAACAGCCAUUCAUGGUUGCGUUCUUCAAGGCAAGCGAAGUGCUUUUCCGCUCUGUCCGAGCAGCCAACAAUAAAAGGAAAAACCAGAACCGCAACAAAUCCAGUAGUCAUCAGGAGUCUUCUAGGAUGCCAAGUGUUGGGGAUUAUAACACAAGUGAGCAAAAGCAAGCAUGUAAGAAACAUGAACUUUACGUCAGUUUCCGAGAUUUGGGAUGGCAGGACUGGAUUAUUGCACCAGAGGGCUAUGCUGCAUUUUACUGUGAUGGAGAGUGUUCCUUUCCCCUCAACGCCCACAUGAAUGCAACAAACCACGCCAUUGUUCAGACACUGGUUCAUUUGAUGUUCCCUGAUCAUGUACCAAAACCAUGCUGUGCACCAACAAAACUGAAUGCCAUCUCCGUGCUCUACUUUGAUGACAGUUCCAACGUUAUUUUAAAGAAAUACAGGAAUAUGGUGGUGCGUUCAUGUGGCUGCCACUAGGAUGAAAACAGUAAUAAUCGAAAGCAGAGGGGCUUAUUCAGAAUUGUAAUAAAGUCAAGAUAUAAGCCUUGCUGAUGAGAAGGCAGUUCUAAAUUUAUUCCAUUUCAUGUCAUCUCUCAUUUAAAUGUACAGUGUAAUGUAUAUAGCAGCUUUUAUUUAUUUAAAAGUAUAUCGUUUCUUUUGUAUGAGCAAAAUUUCAAAAUCAUUUAUUUUAUGGGUCACCUUACUAAGCAGUAGAACUUCAGAAAUGAAUUAUUUUGAAUUGAACGUACUGGAACCUACGUAAUUCCAUUUCCGUACUUUAAAGUAAAACCUUUGUACUGACUUUUUUAAAGUUAGUAACUCCGGAACUUCUGUAACUGCUUCAUAUUGUUUAAAGAACUAAAAUACGUUUGGUCAUAUUGUGCCAAUGAAAACUGUGGAGGGAUAUUUAUUUAGAAAAAGGCACAGAAAAAAAAAUAAACAAGACUGCUUGGCCAAACAGAUUUUUUUCUUUUAGAAGUUCUACUCCAUUAGAAAAAGUGAAAUGUUGAACAGUGUUAAAGUAAAUAAAUAGUAGAUAGAAAAUAGAAGUGAAGAGAUUGCACAUGUAACUGUUUUCCUUAACGAGAUGAGUGUAACUGAAGGAGUGUGCUACUUCUGGGCCUGUGGGCUGCAGGGUUUGCGAAAGGCUCAGAGCUUUGGGAAUUCUGCGGAGACAGACUCCAGCCUCUGUAUCUGACCUUCCAAGUUAACACGAAACAUCGAACUACAACGUUCUUACCUCAAUUCACAUCGGUUCAUUAUCCAUCACAGCAUGCUACCCUGGCAAAUAUUUUUAUAAUAACAGCACAAGGUGAAAUCAAACAAAAACCCACACAAGCCGUACCGCCACGCAGGUGAAGUUACUGUAUAGUUGUCUGUGAUGGUGGCUGUUCACAUGGAAAGAUGAAAAAUACCAUUCAUAAGGGGCUGCUGGGUAAUUUGCAGCCUAUGGUCAGUCCCAUCUUCUCUCCUAGUAGGUUUGGUUUAAAUAAUGAGAUGUAAGAUUGGAUAUCUUUCCUUUCUUUAGCAUCAAUUUUUAUAACUUUGAAAUUUCUUAAAUCCAUACAUUUAUUUUUUCAUUUCCCUACAUUUCUGGCCUGAAAUAAAAUCCUGUGGUUGUGAAUUGCACAAUUUACAAUGGUAGCGUUGCCAUUCUCAACACCAGCACUCACAUGCUUAUUUUGAAUUGAACGCCUUUGAAAACUUUGGACACCCCUUUGUUCUAGCAUUAUGAAAAUGAGAAAAUUGAAACUCCAGUUUUUCUUUAGUAAAUGGUUAGCCGUAAUACGCUUUUCUCUUGAACUACCUUGAUUAAAAAUGCUUUUUAACAGUUCUCAGAGUGUUGAUAGCAAGUGAGUAGUACAGACCAGUUUCUCCUUAGACAAUCUAUUCGUGUAGAUGAUGGCUUCAGUGGUUAUUUAAGGCAUAUCUCAGAAAACUCAGAUUAUGACAGACUGAUAAAAUCAGCAUGUGUGUGUGACUGUGUAUGCAUGCGAAUGUGCAGCUGUCUUUUUUUGCAGAAACUAAUUUAUUUUAUCUUGCUACUGGAGUAUUACAUACAUCUUCCUAUGCAUACAGGCAGAUUUUUGAAAAAUGAACAGUUCUGAUUUGUCUUCAGAGCUCUAUCUCCUUAAUACAAACAAUUCCAUUUUACGCUUCCAGUUCUACUUUAUACAUACAUUACCAACAUAUUUAUGUUUAGUUGCGGUUUGUGUGCAAUGAUUUAUAUCAAAUUAUUAUGUCUCCAAUUGAAUUACCAAUUUGGAACAGCUAAAUAAAAAAAAGUUAAAUUCCUGAGUUAUUUCCAAAAAAAUUUCAGGUUGCUGUAUAAAUUAGGCAGGAGGAUAUGCUUUUUAGAAGUUGAUUUUUUCUACAUAGAAUUUGAUGAAAACUACAUUUUGGGUACAUUAAGUAAUAUAUUUUUAAAUAAUGGUGUACCAUUUUGAGAAUAAGAAACGGAAGAUUAUUGUUAUAUUAUUCUAUAAAAUAUGCUGUUGGAAUAUAUUUCUAUAUUUUGAGACAUAAUAAACCUGUAAUACUACUUUGUUCUGCUGUGAUUUUGCUUCUGAGACAUGUGACAAAGUGACACCCACUUCGUAUCUUAUUUUAAAGGUAAAAGCAAGAGAUUGCUUAGAGUUAUUCAUAGAUUUUGUUGCAGUUCAUUUUUUAUUACAGACAUUUUGCAAAAUGACUUUUGUUAUGUCUUCUGAUAUGCCCUGUAUUUUUUUAAGCUGCAGCUGGUUGAACCAUCUACUCUAUUAAUAAAUAUCACACCUUGAAAUCAUA